AUGGAGGAAAGGAAGGGGGAAAAUCAGACGUCCGCCAGAGAAUUCAUACUCCUGGGAAUCAGCAAUGCCCCGGAAGUGCAAUUUCUUCUCUUCUUGCUGUUUCUAGUGAUCUACGUGGUGACCAUGGCCGGGAACAUCCUCAUCGUGUUGCUAGUGGUGGCCAAUCGGCACCUCCACACCCCCAUGUACUUCUUCUUGGGGAACUUGUCCUGCUUGGAGACCUGCUACAGCUCCACCCUCCUGCCUCAGCUUCUGGCCGGGCUCCUGACGGGAGACAGGACCAUCUCCGUUCCUGGCUGCCUCACACAGCUCUAUUUUUUUGGUUUCCUGGCUGCUUCAGAAUGUUACCUCCUUGCCGCGAUGUCCUAUGACCGGUACGUAGCCAUAUGCAAACCUUUGCACUAUGCCGUCCGCAUGAAGGCUAGGAACUGCCUCUUGCUGGUGGCUGGGUCUUGGACCGGUGGCUUUCUGGGCAGUACAAUCAUGAUGGCUUUGGUGUCGCAAUUACGUUUCUGCGCCCCCAACGAAAUCGAUCAUUUCUUCUGUGACUUCACCCCCUUGAUUCAACUCUCCUGCGGGGACACCAGCCUGACCACAUGGGUGACAUGGAUUCUUUCCUCCAUCGAAACCCUGGCCCCCUUCCUCUUGACCAUGACGUCGUACGCUUGCAUCAUGGUCACCAUCUUGCGGAUCCCUUCCACCAGCGGGAGACAAAAGGCCUUCUCCACCUGCUCCUCCCACCUUACCGUUGUCACCGUUUUUUACGGCACCAUAAUCAUGGUUUACGUGGUGCCGAAAAAUCGCACCCUGAGAGAGUUGAACAAAGUGUUCUCUGUCUUCUACACCCUCCUCACUCCCUUGGUCAAUCCCCUGGUCUACAGCCUGAGAAACAGAGAAGUUAAGGAGGCCCUCGGAAAAGUUCUCCAUACAUUCUUUGGACCAAAUUGUCAGCAGAAGCUCCACAGAAGCCAGCGUGGCACUGCAAGUUAA